AUGUGCAGAACAGCCUACUACCGUCACCAAGACUGUGGCUGCCGCUGGAUGCGCAUCACGCGCCCCUGCGGCCCUGGGCAAGGCUUCCGCACUUGCCCCAUGUUCUUCAACAACAACGAUACUACGAGUACCACCACCACUCACGCAUGCAACAGCACUCCCAUCGCUGGCGCAGGUCCGACUUCACAGGCUCUCGUGCUCUAUAGGCCGCGAAAUGCAGAGCCAGGACCUCAGAUGGUGACGAGCCAUACGGUGGUUGUGAGAGAGAACAACGACAGCGCGAGAGCCACGCUGCAGCCCCCGAUGUAUCGCGCUCGAGAGACGGCGUGUCCUGUACACGAUCUACUAGGCUUUUACGACCGAAACCAGGUGCGGAUGGUAGUCCGCUUGCGCAACGGAUUGCGAUGGGGAACGGGACCGAACAGAGAGGACUAUGGGGUCGAGUUUUGGUGCUGUGUUAUCAAGGAGACACUCCAGAUCCGUCGUCGAGUCACCUACGUACACCUUGACUUCGUCCUCUUCCUCUGCUGCCCCUUCUUCCGCUCUCGCCUCGGCAACCACGAGCCCCAUCGCCGUGAGCUUGUCCUCGCUGGUAGCCAGCGUCUGCCCAGCCGUAUGCCGGCCGCACACCCACUCCGGGCCCUUGACCAUCCCGUCGUCCGUGAUGUCGUUCGCAACGACCCUGAUGGCGCUGCCAUCCUCCUCCCCGACAGCAUGGCAAAUCACCCCGCCCACAAACUCGGCGGACCAGCUCACCGACAGCACCGACACCCUCCCCCUCGCACUCCGCCGCACCCGCCCGACGAACUCCCCGAACCCCCUGCGCACCUCGACCCUGCCCCCGCGGGCGCACGCCGCCCCGGACCGCCGCAGGUUCCCCGGCGCGGCCAGCCCGCCGCCGAAGAACCCGGCCCUGCCCACGCGGUCGACGGACGCGUCGUCGAGGUCGCGCAGCCCGCGCUGGAAGGCGACCUCGUGUGCGACCUCGGUGCGCGCGUGGUCCGGCCGGUCCGCGGCCUCGCAGUAGGCCGCGUAGUCGGCGACGUAGCGCGCCAGGACGUCGUCCCAGGCGGCCUGGAGGUCGACCCCGCGCGCGUCGCGCUGGUGCUCGAUACCCAGGGCCGCGAUGGUGGCGAUGGUGUCGCGGCGGGUGACCGUGCCGUCAAAGUCGAGGAUUACGUGCAUAGCUUUUGCUUUUCCCUUGCUGUGUUGUCAGAUUCUCUACUCGAGGAGGAGGUGAUGUCAUGUUCGAAUUGGUCACUCGCUCCGGCGCCAUUACUUUCGUUUGCCUCUGAUUGUAAGGCCUUCUCAUUUUGA